GGCGCCCUGCCCGGCCCCCGGGGAGGGCCACUGGGGCUGCGCCUCUCAGGAAAGCCCGAGGAUGCGGGGCCUUGUGCAGGCCCGGGGCGGGCGGCCCCAGAUCCGGGGGAAUUUGCAUCCCCUCCCCCCGGCCUGGGUGGGGAUUGGCCGUUGGCAGCAGCAGGGAAGAGGGGUGGGGGGUGGCACGGGGCCAGCCUUCGCCUCAGCCGCCUCCCUGUCCCCCUCCUGAGCGGGCCCGAGCCCUGCUGUUGCCGCGCCUGCUCCUGCUUCUGCUCCCGCCGCUCGGCUACCGAGGCCCGAGGCCCCGGGGAAGUAGAUCUUGACACAAAGAAAAUGGCCGGCGGCGUGGAUGGUCCCAUUGGGAUCCCCUUCCCGGACCACAGCAGCGACAUCCUGAGCGGCCUAAACGAGCAGCGCACCCACGGGCUGCUGUGCGACGUGGUGAUCCUGGCGGAGGGUCAGGAAUUCCCCACCCACCGCUCGGUGCUGGCGGCCUGCAGCCAGUACUUCAAGAAACUUUUCACCUCCGGAGCGGUGGUAGACCAGCAGAACGUGUACGAGAUUGACUUUGUGAGCGCCGAGGCCCUGACCGCCCUCCUGGACUUCGCUUACACAGCCACUCUGACCGUCAGCACCUCCAACGUGGGUGACAUUCAUAACGCCGCCCGGCUGCUGGAGAUCCAGGCCGUCCGCGACGUGUGCGCCGACCUCCUGGACCACCAGAUUCUGGCCAAGGAUGACCAGAUGGAUGUAGUAGAUCAAAUUGAUCAGCAGAACCAUCUCAGAGCCAAGGAGUAUCUGGAGUUCUUCCAGAGCAACCCCAUCAACAGUCUCCCCUGCAACUUCCCGUGGACCAACGCCGGCUUCCCCGGCCCCGAGGAGGAAGACGACGAGGAGGCGGCCGCGGCGGCCGAAGGCGGCGGGGACUGCAACGGCCUGGACUUCUACGCCCACGGCCCCCUGAGUGAGCGACCAAAGGCCAGCGACGGCGACCCGGACAGCAACCAAGGGCUGUGGCUGGACCGCGAUGAGGACGCGGCUUCGGGGACCGGCCUCUUCCCCCCCGCCCAGAACGGACACGACGGCAGCCGGGGGCUGGCCGGGGGGGAGGAGGAGGGCGGCGGCGGCGGCGGCGGCGCCUCCUCCGCCCUGCCCGAGUCCCAGGAGCCCAGCGACUCGCCCAGCUUCCUGUCCGGAGCCGCCGACGGGGAGGACGGGGACGGGCCCGAGGUGGACGGGCUGGCAGCCAGCGCCCUGCUCCAGCAGAUGAUCAGCUCGGUGGGGCGGCAGGUGGGAGGUGGCGGCGGCAGCGAGGAGGAUCAGCGCAAGGAGGACGAAGGGGUCAUGGAUUAUUACUUGAAAUACUUCAGCAGUUCUCACGAGGGCGACGUCUAUCCGUCCUGGUCGCAGAAGGCGGAGAAGAAGAUCCGGGCCAAAGCAUUCCAGAAAUGCCCCAUCUGCGACAAGGUGAUCCAGGGGGCCGGCAAGCUGCCCCGGCACAUCCGUACCCACACGGGGGAGAAACCUUACGAGUGUAACAUCUGCAAAGUCCGAUUCACCAGGCAAGACAAGCUGAAGGUGCACAUGAGAAAACACACCGGGGAGAAGCCGUACCUCUGCCAGCAAUGCGGCGCGGCCUUCGCCCACAACUACGACUUGAAGAAUCACAUGCGUGUGCACACCGGGCUGCGGCCCUACCAGUGUGACAGCUGCUUCAAAACUUUCGUCCGCUCCGACCAUUUGCACAGGCACCUUAAGAAGGACGGCUGCAAUGGCAUCCCCUCCCGGCGGGGCCGCAAGCCCCGGGUACGCGACACCGGCGGCUUGCCCGGCCCUGUCGCCGCGCCUCCGGGGGAUGGAAGCAGCUCUCCCGUCCAGGACAGCCAGAGGAAUGGCCAAGAGAAGCACUUUGAGGAGGAAGAUGAGAGCUCCGGCCAAGAGGCUCUGGGAAGAAUGAAUGUAGCGGGAGGGUCAUCUGACGGUAACUUAACAAUGGAACUCUCCUAAAACCAAAAAAAAAAAAAGAUA